GAUACCGUCGAUAGCUUAGCACUUUGAAACCGUCUCUGUGUCGUCUCCCGCCGUGACCACCGUGCCUCAACUCUCCGUCGUCCUGCCGCUCUGGCGAACUUCAACCUGAUCAAUCUAGGGUUCAACAUAUUUUUGUUUAUUAGGGCUUUUGAUCUGCUUCAUUUGAUCUACCUUCCCUCUUUCCUCAUUUUCAAUUUCUGAGUUUUGUUGGAUUUCAUGUUUUGAGCGUUAUUGAGUGGUAAAGUUGUGAUUUUUAGAUUUUAUUUGGGAAUUUUUCAUCUGUGUUUGUGGUUGUUGUUGUUGUGGUGGUGGUCACUGGCUAGUGGCUUUAUAGGGUGUUUGAGUUUUGAUUAUUUUUGGGUUUGAUUGUUUAGGGCUUGAUAAAAAAAAUGGGGUUAGGUGGUGUGAAUGGUAAGGUGAUAGAGUCUUUGGAUGUGGGUAAAUCAAAAGGGAGGAAGAAAAAGAAGUUACAAAAUGGGGCAAUGGAAGAUGAAGAAAAUGAUUCUGGGUGUUGGCAUAGCUUUAGGUUCAUUGGUAACUGCAUUUCUUCAAGAUCCAAGGUUGAUAGUUCUGUUAGUGGUACCAGUAAUAAUUAUGCUGAAAGCAAAUCAACUAUUGAUACGAGUAGAGACCAGCCAUCAGUUCCAGUAGUCUCUUCGACGACUACUACUACUAGUAAUGCUGAAAGCAGCUCAUCUACUUCGAAACUUGAAGAGGAGCUUAAAAUUGCUUCCAGGCUGCGAAAGUUCUCUUUCAAUGAUCUUAAGCUGGCAACAAGAAAUUUUCGGCCCGAGAGUCUUCUUGGUGAAGGUGGGUUUGGUUGUGUGUUCAAAGGAUGGAUUGAAGAAAAUGGAACUGCUCCAGUGAAACCUGGCACAGGCCUUACUGUUGCAGUCAAAACCCUAAACCAUGAUGGGCUCCAGGGUCAUAAAGAAUGGCUGGCUGAAGUAAAUUAUCUUGGUGAUUUAGUUCAUCAAAACCUUGUCAAACUUAUAGGCUACUGUAUUGAAGAUGAUCAAAGGUUGCUGGUAUAUGAAUUUAUGCCUCGAGGAAGCCUGGAAAACCACUUGUUUAGGAGAUCCUUGCCACUUCCGUGGUCCAUAAGGAUGAAAAUUGCGCUAGGAGCUGCAAAGGGACUUGCUUUUCUUCACGAGGAAGCUGAACGACCAGUUAUAUAUAGGGAUUUUAAAACUUCCAAUAUACUAUUGGAUGCAGUAAGUGUCAAACGUUAUGGCAUGAUUAUAUUUUGUUGUUUCCUUUAUUUUAAUCAUUCUAAUAAUGUAUUGAUUCAGGAGUACAAUGCCAAGCUCUCAGACUUUGGACUUGCAAAAGAUGGUCCAGAGGGUGAUAAAACUCAUGUGUCUACCCGAGUUAUGGGAACUUAUGGUUACGCAGCACCAGAAUAUGUCAUGACAGGGCAUCUUACAUCAAGAAGUGAUGUGUAUAGUUUUGGAGUGGUACUACUUGAGAUGAUAACCGGGCGAAGAUCCAUGGACAAAAACCGUCCAAAUGGUGAACAUAACCUUGUAGAAUGGGCUAGACCGCAUCUAGGAGAGAGAAGAAGGUUCUACAGGUUGAUAGACCCUCGAUUGGAAGGCCACUUCUCGAUAAAAGGAGCUCAAAAAGCCGCCCAGUUGGCUGCUCACUGCCUUAGCCGAGAUCCAAAAGCAAGACCACUAAUGAGUGAAGUUGUAGAAGCUUUGAUGCCUCUCCCAAACCUAAAGGACAUGGCUAGUUCAUCAUACUAUUUCCAGACGAUGCAAGCUGACCGAUUUAGUGCCAGUCCAAAUACUCGAAAUGGUAGAACACAAGGAGGAUCCGCCCGAAAUGGACAACAACAAAGGAGCCUUUCCAUAUCACAUGGUACUCAUGCUUCUCCAUUUCGCCAUCGGUAUCCUCAAAAUUCACCAAAGCCAACUGGAAAAGCACAGAGUUGAUGAAUUUUCUAUCACCCUACUUUUUAAUCAUUUCUUAUUUUCUAAGUAUAGAUGUAACAACUUCUUGUGAAGCCAUUUGUUCAUGGGACAACUUGAGGGUAAAAGAAGCAUGCUGCUUGCUUUAUGAUCUAUUAUGUUAAUGAGUCUUGACCCCUUUGAAUAGUUAUUGAGCUAACUAUGUGUAUGUUUGGAAUCACAGUGAGUUCAACGACAUUACAGUAGCACCGUGAUUUUGUUGAAGCUCGAAGUUGUAGCUUUAGUUAAAAUCAUGGCUGCACACUGUGCUUUUGCCGAACUCACCGUAAUUCCAAACAUGAACUGUGAUGUGUUUUGCAAAUUGUCAACCAAUGUUUCUUUCAGGUUGUUUGGAAAUAUUGAACAACUCAAAGUUUUAUUUGAUUUCAAAAUUCAAAUGGCCCUUGUGAUUUAUGUA